AUGAGUCAAUCCGAAGAAGCUCAAAAAGAACCAUCUUUGAUAGAAUCUUUUAAAAGAAUCAUUUUCCAUUCUAUAUCUAAUAUACUUCUAUUUUUCGUUCCCUUGGGAUACAUAGUACAUUUUCUUAACUCGAAUGCAAUAUUGAUUUUUAUAAUGAACUUUCUAGUAAUUAUACCAUCUGCUAAAUUGGUUAAGUUUGCGAAUAGUGAACUUUCGCGCCAUUUCGGUCAGUUUCUAGGAAGCCUAUUGGGUAUAACGCUUGAUAAUUUGGUGGAAUUAAUAAUAACUAUAAUUGCGUUGGUGAAUGGUCAAAUUCGCGUUGUUCAAGCAGCAGUGCUGGGGUCUAUAUAUUCUCAUAUUUUACUUGUAUUAGGAUUGUGUUUUCUCUUUGGUGGAAUUAAGAUUCUUAGAGAUCCUAAUAAAUUGAAUAAAGAGCUUGAAUAUAAUUCGACAAUUGCACAAAUGACUUCUAGCGUGUUGACAUUAGCGUGCAUUUCUUUAGUUAUACCUGCCGCAUUUAGUCUUCUUAUCGGCGGAAAUUAUAAUUUGACCAGUGUUCCUGCCGAUAAAAUUGAUGUUAAUAUCUUGCGUAUAAGUUAUGGAACAUCAAUAGUGUUAUUAGUUAUAUAUUUACUCUUUUUAUGGUUUAAGAUAAAAACUCAUAAAAAACUAUUUGAUAAAUUACCUAAAAACGAAGGAGACAAAAAGCACAAAGAACAUAUAAACCUGAUUGCGUCAUUAGUUUUGCUAAUCGUAAUGACAGUGAUUAUUACUUUUUCAGCAAGGUUCCUCGUGGAAUCAAUCGAUGGAAUUGUUGAAUCUCAUAACAUAAGUAAAACUUUUAUUGGAUUAAUUUUACUACCCAUAGUUGGUCAUGGUGCUAAG